UGUUUUUACAAUUAACUGAUGGUCGUAUAUUAAAUACAAAAUGUCAAAUUAACAUGAAAGUAUGAUGAAUGAUGAAAUUCUUGUAUCCCAAUUCCCAAACAUGUCCAUCCGAUAUUUUAUUUAUAAUCCAGUCGCUAAAACCCUAACCUCUACUGAGUCCUAAACCCUUCUCGCUUAUCCCCUGAGCUGAACUGCUGAAUCAUGCCGUAGAACAGAGCAGAGCAGAGCAGCGCCGCCCGCCCGCCAUGUCGCUCCGCGCCGCGCUCCACCUCCGCCGCUUCUUCUCCACAGACGCCGCCGCCCUCUCGCCGCCGAAGCUGCGGAACCUACCCUACCGCCUCCGCCACGCCGCCGUCCCGGCCGCGCGCGCCGCCGUCUCCGAGUACCUCCACUCAACGCGCUGCCUCCCGUCCUCCCACGCCGACUCCAUCGUCGCGCACUCCCCGCGCUCCCUCCUCUCCUUCCUCGCCGCGCUCCCCGCCGUGCCGAGCUCCCUCCCCACCGCGGAGCUCCCUGCCGUCCUCCGCCGCCACCUCAACUUCCACCCGCUCAACGAGCUCCCUUUCUUCCUCGAAUCGAUCGGCGCGCCCCCCGCUGCGGCCCCCCGUUCCGACCUCAUGUUCCUCGCCGACCAUCCAUCUCUGCUCGGCGCCGUCGCCGCGCUCGCGCACUUCGGAUUCCCAUGGUCACGCCUCGGUCUCCUGUUCCCCGCCGUCCUCCUCGGCGUACCCCCGGACCUCAUCUCAGCUCGCCUCACCGCUCUCGAGGCCCGCCUCCACCGGCUCCCGCGCGCCGCCAUCAUCGCUGCCUGCCUCACCUUCCCAUCGCUUCUCGAGCGGGAUCUAUCCGAUUGUGAUCCACUCGUUAAGGAUCUUGGCACCACGUUCAGAGGAUUGGGUCCGGAUUUGGGGGCCAGCAAUGACAUUGACGCGUUCUCGGGCGUGUGCCGGAGGAUGCGGAUGUUCUAUGAUGCCGGGGCAGAGAUUGGUAGCAUUGGGGGACUUGUCACCGGCAGCUGCAGAGUGUUUCUUGAGCUCGGGGAAAAGACGAUUGCUGAGAGGAUAUGGUUCUUAAAGGAGCUGGGGAUGCCGGGGAAGGAGCUGGGAAGGUUCUUGCUAAGCAAUGCCAAACUUUUUGAUCUUGAUUUCUCUGAUGUGGUGAUCUCGGUGCCAGAGUACCUGCGGAGGAUUGGUUUGGUGGAGUGUGAGGUUGAUGCGGCGAUAGAGAAACAUCCAUAUGUUGUUGGGAAGAACCAGCUGGAGAACCUCCCCAGGGUGCUGCGGGCAAUGAAGCUGGAGCAUCGGUUCCUGGAGAAGAUUUCGGUUGGUGGGGAGAACUUGCGCUAUUUAUCACCAUAUUUUGUUUUGGAGGACAAUAGCUAUGAUGCCGAGGUUGAGAGAGCUUUCUUGGAUGGGAUGGCUAAGGUCAAGGCUGACAAGAAAGCACAGCAUGUGGACAGCAAGCUGGAGUUCUUGAAAAGCAUUGGGUAUGGUGAGAAUGAGAUGGCCACCAAGAUAAUUCCUGUCCUUCACAGCACUAAGGAUUUCCUGCAGGAGCGGUUUGACUACCUUCUGGAAAGAGGGGUGGAGUAUACGAUGCUGUGUCGGAUCUUGACUGUUUUUCCAAAGGUGCUGAACCAGGGCAAGGAUAUGCUCAAUGAGAAGUUGAAUUAUCUCACAGAGGAGCUGGGCUACUGCAUAGAGUACCUUGAUUGCUUCCCUGCAUUUCUGUGCUUUGAUUUGGAGAACAGGGUCAAGCCUAGGUAUACAAUGCUUCAGUGGCUCCGAGAGCAUGGCCUACUCAGAAAACAUUUAGCCCCUGCAACAGUGCUUGCUAACUCCGAGAAGAGAUUCAUUACUACUCUCUACCUUGUGCAUCCUGCAGCUCCAAAGUUGUGGCUUGAGUGCUUCUCUUCACGAAUGCGUAUGGAAUGUUAUCUCAAGAACAUUUAUAAUCAGCAUUCAGACAACAAAUAGUUAGAUGUCUGGAUAUUGACAUGAUUGUUAGAGGUACAGAGUAUUUAUCGUGUGCAUCCUUGCCCUGUUAGACGUAGCAGCUUUACAUUUGGCAAAAUUCUUUGCUCCUGCAUAGAUAGCAGUAAGCUGCAGGAUGUAGGAUGAAAUGGGAUAUAUACCAACUAGAUAGCAAACCUUGUAACUUGAUUUUUGGUAAAACUGUUCUGUAAAUUUGAACUCCAUUAAGUCUUCAACUAGCCCUCCUGUGGCUAUGCCAUGGGCGUAGCCAGGGGUAUUCAUGUGUAUUCACAUGAAUACCCAUGGUUCUAUAUAAUAAUUUUGAUACGUAUAUCAUGUAGUACUAAUACAUGUAUAAAAACAAGAAUACUACAUGAUUAUUCAUUCUAAUAGGAGUUUGUAUGAGAAUGCAAUGAGUUUUCCUCAUUUUUCAUGCGGAUACUUUUGGUGUUGUGUGUUGUAUUGAACAAAAAAAUUCAUAAUGAAUACCCGAGAUCAAAAUUCUGGCUACGCCACUGGGCUAUGCAGUAUGCACUGAUUGGAACAUGCUGUAUUCAUCCAUUCCUGAUAACAGUUAACUGCCAUAGUUUUCGUCUGGUAGCACCAUAGGGAGCCCUUAUUGUUAAUAAAUUAUUGUAUUUCCCUCAUUCCCUAUAUUAAAGCUAUAUUCUGAUGCUGCUCCUGCUUCCUUUCAAAUUGGUAUUCUUUGGGCUGGCUGGUGGUAAUGUGGAAAUUGUGAGCAUAUGUGUACAAGAAUCAGCCUUCACUUAAAACAAAAGUUGAGGCAACACUUUAACUUUUUGUUCAUAAAAUAAGUAAACUGAAUUAAUUUUUGCCUGGGAAUUUAUAAUUUUUAUAGAAGAGGAACAGUAGAUUUACUACAUACACUUCCUGCUUUUCUAUAGAAGGCCUGCCAUUGUUUCAUUUUUAGAUGGUUUUAGUUGGAUGCAUUCUUGGAGGUGAUCAUGGAUCCUACAUCAAGAAGAGUGACACCGGUUCUCAACUCAUGCCACUGGCUUAACAUUCAUGGAGGUUAACCUGUUGUAAGAGACAAUCAUCAAGAACCAUGGGUUGUUGUCCUGUGAUCUGCUUGUAAGAUGGAUGAAAUAGAGUUCUGACCACCAAUGAGCAAAUAGUUUGAUUCUUGGUUGAAUACUAGGAGAAGUUGACUAGUAAAAUUUGCACUGGAUUGGUUCUGGCUUUACAUGAAGUCUUUGAUGAAUGAAUGAAGAAGAUGCAGCGCCUAGUGGAUCUGAAAAGAAGCUAUCCAACGUUCUGACUUAAACAAUCUGGUUGAUCGAAAUUCUGAACUCUGAACCACUGAAGUUUUACUGACAAACUGAGACUGACGGUGAAGGCUGGGAAGUGGAGGGGUCAACGGGGCCUGUGCAGUUUCUGAUGUGUAUAUAAUGGAUGCUAUGGGUGACGGUAAUCACAUUUUUUCCCUCAAAUAUUCAAGCUCUGUCGCUUGAAUUAUUUUGCUACCAAGGCUGACGGCAGGAUCAUCGGCCACAUGGAAAAUCAGGAGCUAGCAAUAUUUUCCCUUCCAGGAAGAGUGGUGAUUCUGGAGAAGUGAAGAGAUCCCAGUGGAAGCCGGGAGAAAUCGUCCACGGUCUGCAUGCCUCAUUUCCAUGGUCCAAGCAAUAGUAGUAGUAGCUGAUAUAAGCUUGUUCGAUGCCUGUCUACUUGUCUUUGCAACCUAAACCUACUUUUCCUGUCUACUUUUAUGAAGGAUUUGUCAACUAAA